AUGUUUCUUCCUCCCGUCCACACUGAAUCUAGCAUUCCUGCCUUGCGGCAGCUCAUACGUGAUUUCCCACUCGGCAUCCUAACCACCGCCAUUCCAUCGGAUACGCAUCCUCUGAUUCAAGUGAGCCAUAUCCCAUUUCUCUUAGACGUCAGCGAUGAGUCCAGCGAGACCGAGCUUGGCACCUUGAGAGGGCACAUGGCUCGCCAGAACCCCCAAAGCAGAGCCAUAACCGACGCUGUACCCCCCGGAACCCCAGCCAAUAACAAUGUCCUGGAGCAAGAAGUGCUAGUUUUGUUUACUUCUCCCCAUCAUCACUAUGUGCCACCGGUAUUUUACGUCGAGACCAAGCCUACGACUGCCAAAGUAGCGCCUACCUGGAACUAUGCCACCGCACAGGUCUACGGCAAGGCCAAGAUAUACUACGAUUCGAAAUCAAAGGACACGGCCGAGUUUCUCUCUCGGCAGCUAGACGAUUUAUCAAAGCAUUGCGAAGAGUCCAUCAUGGGCUACACCGGCAAAGACGGCCGGCCUGGGCCGUGGGAGGUAUCGGAGGCACCCGAACGAUGGCUCGAGUUGUUGAAGAAGAAUAUUAUUGGUAUUGAGAUAUCGAUUACUCAUUUGGAAGGAAAGUUUAAGAUGAGCCAAGAGAUGCGAAAGGGUGAUCGAGAUGGAGUUGUUCGGGGCUUUGAAGGGUUGGGAACGGAAACGGGGUUGGCGAUUUCGAGUAUGGUUCGGGAAUGUGGCGAGCAGAAAGAUGCGGCGAAAAUGUGA